AGCAGGCGCGUCGGCACGGCCGCCAUACCAAGCACAGCAAUAGCAAGAGCGCAGCCACACCUGCCGCGCAAACGAGAGGAAAGGUGGCUGCCGCAGUGGCGCGGGUAGCUAGGCCGGCUCGUGUGCGUGCGUGAGAGACCGUGCGCGGAGGGAGCGGACAGCAGAGAGAGAGACCUCAGCCCUCACUCGCAGUCACACACACACGGUCUCACGCGCACAGUGGAGGGAGGGGGAGAGCACAACAGGGGAGUUAUUUUAAGGGCAAGGCGCCCGCUCUCGUCCCUCUCCUUCACCUCCCUCCUCUCUUUCCUCCCUCUUGGAGGAGAGGAGAGAAGAGGGGGCCCCAAGAACCGGACCCCAAGAACCCCACCAACACCGCCGCGCCGUUGCGGCCGCGGUCUCGUCAUCGCCGCCGCCGCGCGCGCGCGCGUGCUUCGUUCGUUUCGCUCCGCGGGAGGCCGGGGGCAGCAAUGGAGGCGGCCAGUGCCGGCGGCGGAAGCGGCGGGGGCGGGGACGACCACCUGCACGGGCUCAAGUUCGGCAAGAAGAUCUACUUCGAGGACGCCGGCGCCAGCGGCAGCGGCAGCGGCAGCGGCAGCAGCGGCGGCAGCGAGCCUCCGCCACCGCCGUCCGCCUCGCCGCCCAGGGCGCCCGCCGGCAGGAGGGGGAGGGCCGCGGCCGGCGGGGCGGCCGGCCCGUCGGCGCCCCCCCGGUGCCAGGUGGAGGGGUGUAACGUGGAUCUGACCGGCGCCAAGACCUACCACUGCCGCCACAAGGUGUGCGCCAUGCACUCCAAGGCUCCCCUUGUCGUCGUCAACGGCAUCGAACAGCGCUUCUGCCAGCAGUGCAGCAGGUUCCACCAGUUGCAUGAAUUUGACCAACAAAAACGCAGCUGCCGUAGACGCCUUACAGGCCACAAUGAACGCCGGAGGAGGCCGCCUGCUGGACCUUUUGCAUCACGCUAUGGUCGCUUUGCUGCAUCCUUGGGCGGAGAGCCUGGCAGGUUCAGAAGCUUUCUGUUGGAUUUCACAUACCCAAGGGUUCCAAGCAGCAUGAGGGAUGGGUGGCAGGCGGUUCGUCCUGGGGAAAGGGUGCCUGAUAGUAUCCAGUGGCAAGCAAGCUUAGAUCCUCAUCAUCACAGUGCAAUCGCAGGAUAUGGUGCCCACUCAUAUGGCAGCCAGGGUAGCGCCUCAUCAGGGCCACCGGUGUUCCCCGGGCCGGAGCUCCCUCCGGGUGGAUGUCUUGCAGGAGUCCCUGUUGACUCUAGCUGUGCUCUCUCUCUUCUGUCAACUCAGCCAUGGGAUACUACCCAAAGCGCUGGCCACAGCCGUGCUGCGUCAAUGCCUGCAACAGCGGGCUUUGAUGGCAACCCUGUGGCACCCUCCCUCAUGGCGAGUAGCUACAUUGCGUUGAGCCCCUGGACUGGCUCUCAGGGCCACUCAGGCGGGCGCAACGUGACACCUCAGUUGCCACCUGAAGUCCCCCUCGAUGAGGUGCAUUCUGGCUAUAGCAGCCAUCAUGGCCAGUUCUCAGGUGAGCUCGAGCUUGCCCUGCAGGGAAACAGGCCUGCGCCAGCGCCGCGCAUCGAUCAGGGCUCCACAAGCACAUUCGACCAGGCCAGCAACACAUCGGACUGGUCACUCUAGGAGGCCAAAUAAACCACCACCGAGAUCAUAGUCGCUCGGAGAGAUGGAACUGAUGAAAGCCUGAUGCUGCAUGCGGUUUGCUAGCGUCAAACUUCCAGUAUGAUAUGUAAGAAACCCCUGCAAUGUCAGGCGACUAAUUUCUUUUGUGGUUGUCCAUGAACUCAUCUGUUGUGUCAUGUAGACCUCCAUGAUUUGAAGUUAUCAGUAUGCUUAUCGAUGACUCGUUGUUUAAAUCUCAUGCUCAUCCUGAAGUUUGUUCA